AUAGGCUCUUAACCAGUGGAUGACCCUCUCACCUUCACCUUCUUCUUCUUCUUCGUCUUCGUCUCCGUCUCCGUCUCUGCUUCUUAGGUUGGGGGAACAAUGGCUUCCUCUGCGACGGCGCCUAAUUCUCUCUCCUUCUCAUCUUCUCUCUUCUUCUCUUCCUCAAACCAAAUCCCUAGAGCUUACAUUUCCGUCGCCAAAUUCGGCUCCGUCAGAGUGUCGAAGCCGCUCACCGUCGUAUCCCAGCUUGCAACCCUACCAAUCCUCUCCUUUGACGGGGAAAAGAUCGGCGAGACGUACCUCGACCUCAAAACGGCGCCGCAGGAUACCGCACGUGCCGUCGUGCACCGCGCCAUUGUCACGGACCUGCAGAACAAACGCCGAGGGACGGCGUCGACUCUGACUCGCGGCGAAGUUCGCGGUGGUGGGAUAAAGCCCUACGCGCAGAAGAAAACGGGUCGGGCGAGGCGUGGUUCCCAGAGGACGCCGCUGCGACCAGGCGGAGGUGUGAUAUUCGGGCCGAAGCCGAGGGACUGGUCCAUCAAAAUCAACAGGAAGGAGAAGAGGCUAGCGAUAUCGACGGCGAUAUCGAGCGCGGCGGCAACGGAGGGUGCGAUAGUGGUGGAGGAGUUCGGGGAGAGGUUCGAGAAGCCGAAGACGAAGGAUUUCAUCGCGGCGAUGAAGAGGUGGGGAUUAGAUCCGAAGCAGAAGGCGAUGUUCCUGAUGACGGAAGUGGAGGAGAACGUAGAGAAAUCAGGUCGGAACAUCGGGACGUUGCGGAUGCUGACGCCGAGGACGCUGAAUCUGUUCGACAUUUUGAAUUCGGACAAGUUGGUGCUGACUCCGGCGGCCGUGGACUAUCUGAACGCGAGGUACGGUGAGGAUUCAGUUGAGAGCGACGACGAGGAAGAUGCUGAUGAAGAAGAAGAAGAAGAAGGGGUCGAGGAAGAGGAGAGAACUGACACUGCGGAAUGAAAGAGAGAAACCACUGUCCAUCCUUUUGCUUCUGAGCUGCUCGAUGACGUGGUGGUUUGUUUCCUCUGUUGUAUUGUAUCCCUUCCUUUUUGGUGAUAUAUAUGAACAGAAAAUUUUAAUGUCUCUGCAAUGGCGGCAUAUUUUGUAGAAUCCUACUCAUGAUCAUUUUGGAAGAUUCAUGAUCAA